CUUUUUCCUUCUUUUAUUUUUUUUAAUUUUCCAAUUUCUAAGAGAAAAGAAAAGAAAAGAAAAGGAAAAAGCCCCUUCAAUUGAUUGAGGGGGCCAAGCGAUUCUGGGAAGGAAACAGAGCAGAAUAAGGCAAAAAAUGCAGAUGCGUAGGAUUUCUCGAUCGUUUCUUCCUGGAAUCGAUGUCUGGAGAGGAAGAUCUCUCUUCUGACGGUCCAUUUUGGGGGAUUAGAUGCUUCUCGGCGCAUCUGUCGCUGCUUGGAUCCGUCAGGUUCUUGCAUUUAUGGGGAUUUGUUGUUGUAAGGCUGCUAGUAAUCAUUUAUGUGGUUAAACCUGAAUUGCAACAGAACAGAAGUUGUCUUGGAUGCCGUGCAAAGUCCACUCCAAUUAUAGCUGUGGAUGAGCCGUCCAAGGGACUGAAAAUUCAAGGCCAGACUGUGAAAAAGCAGAGUGUUUCAGAGGACCUGUGGAGUACUAGCACCUAUGAGAUGGAAAAUUGUGGAGUUCAGUCCCAGAGAAGCAUCUCAUCAAUUGGUGCAUCAACCCAAACCCUUGAUCACCAUAGUGGAGCAGGCAGCUCUAGUAAUCCCCCAGAAUUUGUAAAUCAUGGUCUUCUUCUUUGGAAUCAAACUCGGCAGCAGUGGAUAGGAAAUAGAAGGUCAGAGAACCGGACACAGCAGGUUCAAGAACCCAGAUUAAGUUGGAAUGCAACUUAUGAAGGCUUACUUGGUACCAACAAGCUGUUCCCACAGCCGAUCCCUCUCUCUGAAAUGGUAGAUUUCCUUGUUGACAUCUGGGAGCAGGAGGGGUUGUAUGAUUAGCCAAAAAAGCUGUUGUUGAAUGUUUGAAGAUUUUACUAUUGUUACUUUCACUUUCGACAGGCACCUCUUGUUAGUCAAUUGUUGCUUCAUCAGCCCAAGCAAAGCCAAUCAAAGUGAUCAAAUGAGCUUCUAUAUCAUUUGUCGCAUUCAACGCACUCUUGUGAUAUUCUCUUCACAUGCCUUGAACGUGUCCCCACUGCAUUCCUAUCUGAUUACAUAAGGAGAAUUGGUAGCUUUGUAGUGUUCCUAAUUGUUCUCGUGAUCCACUUAAUGAUAGUCUCAUUGUUGGAUUAUAUAAUAGUGUUGAAUGUGUUUAUCGUAGUGUUGCUUGUA